AUGGCUCCUAUCGCCGUCACAUUCUCUUCUGCACCUGUUGUCGUCGCCAAGCAGAACGGCGCUGACACCAUGAACGGCACCACUGCUGCCCCCGCCGCGGCUUCUUCGUCGUUUGGCCCGAACACAUCUGCCGUUCUUCACGGCGCCAAGGACCUUCGCAUCGAGAAGCGACAGUACGCUGCUCCUACUGGCGAUGAGGUCCAGAUCCGAGUUCGUGCUACCGGUCUCUGCGGUUCCGAUCUCCACUACUACCUCCACGGCUGUAACGGCGACUUUGCGCUCCAACACUCCAUGUGCCUCGGACACGAAUCUGCAGGUGAAAUCGUCGCCCUCGGACCAAACGUCCCCGCCUCGCUCUCUCUCAACGUCGGUGACCGUGUCGCCAUUGAAGCUGGUCGCUUCUGCGGUUCUUGCCCCAAGUGCCGCGACGGUCGCUACAACCUCUGCAAGCAGAUGCGUUUCGCUUCCUCGGCCAAGACUUACCCACACCUCGAUGGCACACUACAAAAGUACAUGAACUGGCCCUCUUGGCUCGUACACAAGCUCCCUGCCAACGUCUCUCUCACCUCUGCAGCUCUUUGCGAACCAUUGAGCGUAGUCCUACAAGGUAUCAGGAGGAGUGCUUUGCAACCAGGCCAGAGUGUUUUGGUCUACGGUGCUGGUGCAGUUGGUCUGUUGGCUUGUGCCGCUGCCAAGGCGAGCGGAGCAAGCUUCGUUGCUGCUGUCGACAUCGAUGAGGGACGACUUGGAUUCGCUGCUGCCAACGGUUGGGCUGAUGCUACUUAUCUCUUGCCUCGUGGUGCGCCUGUCACUGUUCCUGAGGUUGAGGGUCAGGAUGCACUAGCAAAGAGGGCUGCAGAGGACAAGGCAGCUAUCUCUUCCGCUUCCACUGCCGCUACCGCACUUCUCGCUGCUCUUCAAAAGGGUCCUGCAUCCUCAUCGAAUACCGGAUUCGCCGUUCAGCCCGCCCCUCUCGACCUUUUUUCCGAAGGCUUCGACGUUGUCUUUGAAUGCACUGGUGUUCCUUCUUGCGUUCAGACCGGUAUCUUCGCCACUAAGCCCGGAGGAAAGAUGGUCCUCAUCGGAAUGGGUAACCCCAUCCAGACCCUUCCCAUCGGCUCUGCCUCCCUCCGCGAAGUCGACAUUGUUGGUGUCUUCCGUUAUGCAAACACCUACCCCAUCGCUCUUGGACUUCUUGCUGGUGGCACCCUUCGCGCUCAAGGCGGUGGAUUGCACGCUCAGGCAAAGGAGAGCCAGAAGCAAGAUGAAGGCGAGGGCGCAGGAAAGAAGAUGGGCGGUAUCGAGAACUUGGUCUCCCACGCUUACCCGCUCAAGGACGCUGUCAAGGCUUUCGAGACUUUGGCAAAUGGCAAGGAUGCCGAACACGGUCGAGGUGUAGUCAAGGUCUUCAUCACUGAUGAUGAGCCUUGA